UUCCGCCGCGCAACGUGCAACCAUGGGCCUGGCGGAGUUAGAAACGAUACCUGAAACGGGCGCGGUGUUUACGAUCGGACGUAGCAGAUUUGCGGAUAACAUCGCGUCGCAUUUUUUCAUACGCAAAGACCCUGUGGUAUCUAUUACAUGCGGAGAUGAACAUUCAGCUGUAAUUUGUCAAACUGGCAGACUUUUCGUCUUCGGGAGCAACGAUUGGGGUCAGCUUGGACUCGGUCAUAAAAAUCAUAUUAGCAAACCGUCUUGUGUGAAAGCUUUAAAGCCAGAAAAGGUCACACACGUUGCAUGCGGACGAGCACACACAUUAAUUUGCACAGGAGCGCAAAAGAUUUAUGCCUGCGGUAGUGACCAGGAAGGACAGCUUGGUCGAGGAACUUCCGCAAUCGGUGAUUCCGUAAACACUCCCGUAUUAGUGUACGAUGCAGGAUUAGCUGGUUCGAAGAUCGUUCAAAUCGCUGCCGGUUCUCAUCACUCGCUCGCUCUCACCAACGACGGUGGCGUUUUCGCGUGGGGCAGUAAUCUCGAAGGUCAAUUAGGCCUCCCGGAUGUGCCGGGAUUAGUGAACAAACCAACAAAAGUGCACAUACCCGAGCCCGUAAAACAGAUUAGCACCGGUUAUUACCAUUCCACGUUUCUGACAGAAAGCGGUCUCGUGUACGUUUGCGGCGAGUCGGAAAGUGGGAAACUGGGGAUCGAUGUCAACUUUUCAACCCAAGUCGCACCUAAGCAAAUGCAGUUACCGAGUCCUGCCGUGCACGUAGCCUGUGGCGGUCAUCAUACCGUAAUUUUAGCAGAUAAUGGAAAUUUGUACUGCUCCGGCAGCAACUCCAGCGGUCAGCUUGGCUUAGGGACGAACGUCACUGAACUUCAUACGCCGAAACUUCUUCCGCGCGGCGCCAUACAAGAUGAAAAGGUCACUCGGAUUUCUUGCGGCGAAAGUCACACUGCUAUCGUUACUGAUACCGGGAAGCUCUUCACAUGUGGCGACGGAAGACACGGGAAAUUGGGCUUAGAAGAAAACGAGAACAACGUCCACGAGUUCACUCUCGUUCAAAGAUAUAACGAACUUUUUGUGUCAAACGUUGCCUGCGGUGGUUGCCAUACAAUUUUAGUCGGCCAAAGACGUGAAACAGGAAUGGAUAACUCGCAAGUGGAACACAUGCAGAAACGAAAAAAUUCAUUACCACCGUUGAAACUUCCUCUAAGCAGGCUGCAAAGUGAAACGCGCAAUGAAACGGUCAAUCAAAUAAUUAAAGAUCAAUUAAAUCCAGAAAUGAAAAAUAUGGAGCCUGCAAAUGAUUCACAAUCGAUAAUGGAAAAAGCAUCCGAGAAAUUAGAAGAAAUCGCAAAUAAUAAAGAUAAUGUAAUAAAUAACGUGACAGAUCCUAUGAACAGUACUGAGAAAAGUGAAGAAAAUACUAAAGAAAAUAAGGAAGACUGCACUAAAGUUUCGCCUGAAAAAGAAUCAUUAGACACAGUGUCAAACGAAAUGAAGGAUGAAACGGCACCAAAAGAAAUGCCGGGUAGUGCAGAGACGAGUCAAGAGUCGCAGGUGCAAAGCGAAAAUAAGGAUGACAAUGACAAAUCGGAAAUGGAAGUAGAUAAGGAAAACAACGUCCAGAAAGAAAAGGAGUCCGAUUCAAAGAAUAACAAAAAUGACCAUGAGAACAAUAAUGAAACUAAUGAAAAAGCUAUAGAAAAUAAUGCAGAGAUGGAUGAACAAAUUACUAAUGAAACUAAUACUGCAAAAAGCGAAGAUGCAGUAGACAGUAAAGAAAUUAGCAAUGACGAUAAAUCGGAAUUGAUGAAAGAACAGAUGGAGACGAAUAAAGAAGACAACGUAAAAGAAGAAAAGAGUUCUGAAAAGCAAACGUCUCCUACGAUUUCUACGCCACCACCGAAACCACCGAGGCUGAAACCUGGCAGUGGAAAUUCAUCAAAUGAGAGAUCGCCUUCUAUGGAAGAAAAGAACGCAGACGUUGAUGCAGAAAACGAAGCUAAAACGGAUAAGGGAUCAGAAAGAAAAGAAGAGAAUGGUUCAAAGAAAAAGGAGGAGUCGGUGUCGACAAAGAGCGGAAGCUCCAAGUCAAUGAGAUCGAAAAUUGAAAACGAGGAAAUAAUAGAAAUUGACAAACAGGAUGAUAAAGAACAGAUUAUCGAGGAGAAGGAGAUGAACAAUGAUAACGUUCAGGAUGAUGCUGAUGUUGUGCAAUCGCCACCACCGAGGACAAGUAAAAUGUCAAAGAUCUUCAAAAAUAGUAGAGAAAAGAAAUCGGAAGCAAUAGAAAAUGAUACCAAAACGAACGGUACUACGAGUCAUAAACAGAAGUCGAAAAUGUGUACUCUGCUGUGAUUACGAUAUCUCCAAAGAUGUACCAUAUGUCUUAUCACAUUUUUAUAUUAGGCGCAUGAUGAAAC